AUGUCCACAUCUGCAGGAAAAGUGUGCAUUCUUCAAAACAGCUUUGAGCCAGGCUUUAUAGCUGAGGGUGACUACAUUAUUGCAGGAAUCUUUCCCCUUCAUUAUAACCAAGAAAUGCCAGACCUUAACUGUACCUACAAACCACCGCCAGUGAAGUGUAAUGGAUUUGAUCCCAGGGCUUUCCGCUGGGCUCAAACGAUGAGGCUGGCAGUUGAGGAGGUAAACCAGAAUCUGGAGCUUUUGCCCAAUUACACCCUGGGGUACAAAAUCUUUGAUUCAUGUGCAUAUCCACUGACUGGCCAGAGAGCUGCUAUGGCUAUAGUAAACGGGAUGAGUGAAGAUGACUCUCCCAUGUGUAGCGGUGCUUCUCCGCUCCUUGCUGUAAUUGCCGAAUCUGGUUCUGCUGAGUCCAUUGUGGUGUCAAGAAUCCUCCAGCCAUUCCGAAUCCCAAUGAUCAGUUACUUUUCUUCGUGUGCAUGUUUCACUGACAGAACAAAAUACCCUACCUUUUUCAGGGUAAUCCCUAAUGAUGAUUAUCAGGUGAAAGCAAUUGCUCAGCUGCUGGUACGCUUUAACUGGACUUGGGUGGGGGUGGUGCGAGGAGAUCAUGAAUAUGGCCGUUUUGCUGUGCAAGGCUUAAUGAGAGAACUACAGGGUACCAGCGUGUGUGUGGCAUACCAAGAAAUGAUUCCUCUGCUCUACAAUCAACAGAGGGCACUGGAGAUCAUGCAGGUAAUGCGUAGCUCUUUGGCAAGAGUGGUAGUAGUAUUUUCAGCUGAGGGGGAAAUGACGCCUUUCUUGAGAGACUACAUGAAGCAGAACAUCACUGGAAUCCAGUGGGUGGCUAGUGAGGCCUGGGUCACAGCAUCUGUCUUUACAGGGAAAGAGUAUUACCCCUAUCUGGGAGGUACAGUCGGGUUUGGCAUCAGAAAAGGUUAUAUCUCAAGACUCAGCAACUACUUGGAAACAGUAAACCCACAGAGGUAUCCCAAUAAUAUGCUGGUAAAGGAGCUGUGGGAGGCUCUGUAUGGCUGUAGUCCUUCACUGUCUUCUGCCUCCCAGUUGCCACCUUGCUCAGGGCAAGAGUCACCACUGAAGCAGCAUUCAGCCUACUUGAAUACAUCAAGCCCUAGAGUGGCCUAUAAUGUAUAUAAGGCGGUAUAUGCAAUUGCUCAUUCCCUGCACAACCUUCUCAUGUGUCAACCAGGCAGUGGGCCUUUUAAGAACCAGUCAUGUGCACAAAGUGACAAUGUACUGCCUUGGCAGCUCCAGUACUACCUGCAGGAAGUGAAAUUUAUAAUUGCUGGGGAAGAGGUAAACUUUGACUUGAAGGGUGACUCUAUACCCUAUUAUGAUAUUAUCAACUGGCAGAGAGGCACAAGCGGGAACAUUGAAUUUGUCAACGUGGGGCUGUUUGAUGGAACCAAACCUGCUGGAGAGGAGCUGGUGAUCCAGGAGGACAUGAUAAUGUGGGCAGGGGAUCAGAGUGAGGUGCCAGUGUCUGUAUGCAGUUCCAGCUGUCUUCCAGGGUCCCGGAAGGCUGUCCGUCGUGGGGAGCCUGUCUGCUGCUUUGACUGUGUACCAUGUGACAAUGACAAGAUUAGCAAUCAGAGAAAUGCAAUAGAAUGCACAUUUUGUCCUGAGGACUUCUGGUCAAACAAAGACAGAACAGCCUGUAUCUCCAAAGAAGUGGAGUUUUUGGCCUAUGAUUCCUUGGGUAUAGCCCUGACAGUCAUUUCUGUGGUGGGGGCUUGUCUCACUAUAGUUGUUUUAGCAGUGUUCUUUUACCACAGAAACACUGCCAUUGUCCGUAUCAAUAACUCAGAACUUAGUUUCUUUAUCUUAUUUGCUUUAACACUGUGUUUCCUUUGUUCUCUGGUUUUCAUUGGAGAGCCAACAUUUUGGUCCUGCAUGCUGCGUCACACUGUCUUUAGCAUUACAUUUUCACUUUGCAUCUCCUGCAUCCUGGGAAAGACACUGGUGGUGCUGGCUGCUUUCACUGCCACCCGUCCAGGGGAAAACAUCAUGAAGUGGUUGGGACCCAAGCAGCAGAGGGCCAUUAUCUUCAGCUGCACUCUGGUUCAAGUAGUUAUUUGUGGUGCUUGGCUAAUUGAUGCAAACCCUUAUCCUUCACGAAAUACUAAAUACGAACGCUCAAAGAUCAUAUUGGAGUGUAGCGUAGGAUCAAGCCUUGCAUUCUGGUGUGUUUUAGGAUAUAUUGGUCUCCAGGCCUGUCUCUGCUUUGUACUGGCAUUUCUGGCACGCAAGUUGCCAGGCAACUUCAAUGAGGCCAAGUUUAUCACUUUUAGCAUGCUGAUCUUCUGUGCUGUGUGGCUGGCAUUUAUUCCUGCUUAUAUCAGCUCCCCUGGAAAUUAUGCAGAUGCAGUUGAAUCCUUUGCCAUUUUGGCCUCCAGCUUUGGCUUGCUACUCUGUCUGUUUGCUCCAAAGUGUUACAUAAUUUUAUUAAAGCCAGAAAAAAAUACAAAACAACACCUAAUGGGAAAAGAAAAGAAGUAA